AUGACUUCCAAUCAUAAUUUUUUCGGAAAACACAUCCACUCCAAAAGUUCAACUGACUCAAUAAACACCCAAAUAUCAAGCUUGAAUAUAAAAACAACUGGCAAUACUCUACAUAAUUUUGAUUCCAAUAAAAUAAAGAGCUCAUUUAAAAGCGACUUAGGAGAAGAAUUUCACUCAGAGGCUAACAAUCUAAGCAUGGAUAUCAGCUAUGAUCCCUUUGAAUUCCCUCUGAAAAGUAUUUUUCCAGCCACUUGUCAUUUCUCCAAAACAAAAAGAAAGCACAGACGAUACCUUUCAACGCCCAUGAAUUUCGUCCCUUCAAACUUUUUAUUCAGUUACACCAAAAGACGAACAAAUUCAAAAGAUCGGGAACCCUCAGAGAGAUCAAUAUCCCCAAUUGUGAGUGACUUAAAAAAUUUUGCAUUUUGCGCAACAGAUGAUGGAUCUACGCUAAAUUCAAAAAGACAAAACGCAAAUGAGGAUGAUAAAUCAAGCGAAACCUUUAACGUCGAGCCCACGUUUAAAGUUCCUUUUAAAACAGUGCUGCAUAAAGGAAUUAUACAGAAACGCAUGGAGAGAGAAAAAAAUAAUCCUAUUUUGCCAGUAUUGUGUAGCAUUUAUACUAAUUUAAUAAGUGCUGGCAUGUCAUUUUAAUAUCCAGAGCAGUAUAAUUAAAGCCCGCCUAUUUAAAUUCAAUUAUUUGUAACGCCGCAGGCCCUUUAUCGGACAAUAAGGAAGUACUUUAAGUGCAUAACACUUGUCUAGCUACUAACCUCACUGCCUUUUGCCUUUUUCUUUACUUGAUUUCUAUCGAUGUUAGCCUAAGGGUCUCCGUAUUCAGGAGCAUCAACAAUGAAAACCCUACCCUCUAAAAUCCAAGAGCCAACGCUCUAGCCAUGCCUAAGAUAUUCCUAAAAGAUCACUGUAAAAAAAACUGAGCCUAUAAUAACAAAAUUGCCUAAUCAUGGAAAAAUUUUGUAUAUAACUUAUUCCGACAGCACCAUUAUAUUAUUAUGCCAGUAUUAGGGAGCAAUCCUUGCACUGCAUAUUGCGAAUUUUGCAAAAUGGAUGUACAUACAACUGUCAUUCUGAGAAACAGCUCUGUGAUUGUGGCAUCGUUUAUGGAGCUUGUCCAUAAUUUAUUUGGGUGUUGCAGCAACUCGAUUUGGCUUAAUAGGAUGAGAUAUCACAGAUGCAGUAAUUGUGGAACAGUUUUGGGGAGGAGUUGCAUUUAA